UAGGUAGUCAUGGUCCUCUGGGGAAGGCCCUGGGGCGAUGGAUCCCCCCACACUACACCUCCCAGUCCUCCCCCAGGGCCACAGAGAUGUGCUCUGCACUCAUGGGAAAAGAGAGGUCCAUUGCUGCCCAGGGGGACUCAGUGAGAGCUCACAGAGAAUGAGGUAGCAUUGCAGCCCACGCCAGGGGGGAGGUGUCUCUGGAGCCCUGAGAAGAGUGGGCAGGAGGACAGACACUCCUGGAAGGUGCAUUCCAGGUUGGAGAGCACGUAGCCUGUACAGCCACUGUGACUUGUCUGGGGUGGACUGGUGUGUUCAGAACCAGGGAAGGUUCAGGAGUGUAGCGUCAGAGGUUUGCUCUGGAGGCCGUGGCGAAGGCAAGGCCAGGGUUUUGCUGACUCCCCUCCUGCCUCCCCACAGUGCCUCACCUUCCUUCCCGGGGACCUGGGUGGACUUCUACACCGAGGCUUCCCAUCAGCCUCCAGGCUCUCUGAGUCUGCAGCUGCUGCUGCAAUCCAUGUGGCUCAUUCUGGGUGGCUUGAACCUGGAGCACCAAGCACACCACCUGCUGGCCCAGACUGAAGAUGGCAAAUCAAGCCAGGCAGAGCCUGAGAGCCAGGCGGACUGGGCUACAAGCUCAGUUCCUGUCACGGCUCCUAAGCCAACCCCAGAGCCAGAGCCUUCUCCCUGGGAAGGGGCAGAGCCAGAGUCUAGGACAUCAGGGGUCUCCACUAGGAACUCCUCACGGCCCCAGUACAACAAGCGGGUGGGAGGCAGCUGCCUCAUUCACGUCUACCUGGAAAACGAAAGGACAACAAAGUAUAAGAGCAUCCUGGUGACCUGCCAGGACAGGGUUCCAGUCAUUAUCCGCAGGGCCCUAGAUGCACACUUGCUCCAGCAGGAGGAUCCAGAAAACUUUGAGCUUCUGCAAAUUGUCUCAAACCAUCAGAAGCUGAGGAUCCCUGCUGAUGGGAAAGUAUAUUAUGCCCUGGAUGGCAGAGUGGAUUAUAACUUUCUUCUUCGGGAAACAGCUGCCAGCAAGUGGUUCAAGGUCAAGCCAAAGGAGUUCUUGGAGCCUUCUAUGGCAGUGGCAUCCAGGAUCCCAGCAGCUGUGAGCAGCAGCUCUGCAGUGGCUGCAGGACCAUUGCCCCAGGCCACCCAAAGCAAUGAGUGCUGCAUGAGAAAAGUCACCAGUAGCAGCUCCUCACUGCUUCACUCCAGCGAGCAGGUGGAAGACAGCCGCUUGGUUCACGUCCUCCUAGAGGGACAGAGCCCGAGGGAGACAAAGCGCAUCCUGGUGACCUGUCAGGAGAGGGUGACGAGCCUCAUCCGCAGGGCCUUGGACCAAAAUUUGUUGCAGCAUGAGGAUGUGGACAACUUUGAGCUGCUGAGAAUGAUGUCUCUGCAUGAGAAAAUCAAGGUCCCUGACCACUCACUCAUGUAUCUGUCCAUGAAUCCGCGAAUAAAAUAUCAUUUCAUCGUGAAGAAACGCCCCCAGGUCAAGGGAAAGGAGUUCUCAGAAUCAACCUGCAAGUCCUCCAGGCCGCUUUCCCACAAGCUGGUGGGAGACACCUGCUUAAUUCGUGUCCACUUAGAAACACAAAGUCCAAAGAUGGCCAAGACUGUCCUGGUGACCUGCCAUGAUAGGGCUCCUGUCGUCAUCCGCAGGGCCCUCGAGCUACACUUGCUUACUCAGGAGAAGCCGGAGGAAUAUGAGCUGGGCCAAAUCAUCUCUCACCGUCAGAAGCUGAGGAUUCCAGCGCAGGCCAAUGUAUUUUAUGCAAAGAACCCUCACACAGAAUCCAACUUUGUGCUGAGGAAAAGGAGCCUCUCCCAAAAGAAUGAUGAAUGGAUCCAGCCUCAACCUCCCUCUCGUCCUGCAAAGAAGGCUCCAGCCCUCCUGAGGAUGCUUGCAAAACCGUUCUACUGCUGUGUGCCUGGGCGGGGCUGAGGCAGCCCAGGAAUAUUUACAUCGAUUACUAUUUGCUUCAAAGUUUGAACCUUUAGUUUGCCAUUGUCCUUGACCUUUUUUAGUAAGACAGUUGUUACUCUAUCCUGUAUUUGCUGUUUCCAUUAAUAUAUUAUUAUUUUAAAAUAUAUAUAUUUUUUGUUACCUGA